GGUUCUUUCCCCACUGCCUUGAGUGAACGACCAAUAUAUAGGUUCCGAUUUUCAACGGAGAAUGUUAGUGGCGCAGCGUAGAACCAUGAGAUCAAAACUAUUGUAGAUAUAGGUUCAAGGUCUUAAUUGACUGUUUUAGAAGAAAUAACGCAAUUUGUGUUAAACAGUCAUGAUUGUUUUGUGGAUGGCUGUUUCUCACCUCUUUGGAUUAUGUACUCAGGCUUUUUAUGAGACUUGGUAGUCUUCUGUCCUUUGACUACAGUGGAGAAAAAGGGAGGCACAUGAUGAAAAGCGCGGGGUUGUUACUCGGUUACUUUUUGGUGAAAGUUCUUGUGUGCAACGCGGAGGGGGAGCCAGGGCAGAAACUUGACGGCUUUACUAUGGUCAACGACUCGAAAGAUGGCGAGAAUAGCAUCGCUGAAGUCCCACACAAAGAAGGCAGGUGCAGCGGUUACUACGACGUUAUGGGUCAGUGGGACCCUCCCUUCAACUGCACCACGGGCAGUUACCUGUACUGCUGCGGGACCUGUGGUUUUAGAUUCUGCUGCGAAUACAAAAUCUCGCGGCUAGACCAAACAACCUGCAAAAAUUACGACACUCCACAGUGGCUGAAGACCGGCAAACCCCCGUCCAAAAGGAACGACCUUACACACGACCCCACUAAGGAUAAGACUAAUUUGAUUGUGUAUAUAGUGUGUGGUGUCGUGGCUAUUAUGGCACUCGUUGGGAUCUUCACGAAAUUAGGACUAGAGAAGGCGCACCGACCACACAGAGAAAACAUGUCCAGAGCUCUUGCCCAGGUGAUGCGCCAGCCUGCCCCAGGAGAACACUCAGAAGGCAUUGGAGUACAUGGCCAGCACUAUGACACCAUGCAAGUCAGCAGACCACAAAUCACUAAUCAACAGAGCAACCAGAUGAACAGCAUGGGCUCAGGAUCAGCUAUGAUGGCAGGCUUAACCCCACCACACCCUUACCCUCCCAUUGGACAGCUCACCCACCCCUAUGAGCAACAGCAACCUGGCAAGGAGAUCAACAAAUAUGCCUCCCUAAAGGCUGUUGCGGAGAAGUCAAAUGAGAACUUCUACACCAACCGGCGGCACAUGGUGGAGAUGACGGCCAAGGGCAGCCUCCCCAUGCAGCCGGUCCGAGUGGAGCCUGAGCCCAGCAACCCUUACAGUCCACCGCCGCAGCCUUCCCUCAAGCAGAACGGACACAAGUCCAAAGGCAACAAGACCCACAGCUCCCACACCCUGGCCUACAGCUCCAACACCAUCGGCGCCUCAGGCAUGUUUAAGGGCUGGGACGGCACAGAGACCCUGGGGCGGCGGCAGACCUAUGACCCUAAGAAACACUGCACCGUGGAGCAGGUGAACGAGAUGCACACCCUGCGCAGCCAGCACUAUCUGCCCCCGCAACCCUACUUUGUCACCAACAGCAAGACAGAAGUGACUGUGUGAUAGGGCCCAACUACCCCUACCACUAGCAUCGCAGCUGCAAGACAGGGAGCAGGGGAAAUAACAGACACAAAACCGAGGGGUUGGUCAAGAGGCGGAAGAAGAAUUGCAGAGUUUGACUCUGACCCUCUUUUUAGGGAGUCAAUUGUGUCUUUGUGCGUGACUCUGCAUGUGAUUGCCAUGUAUGAAAGUCCUGCAGAAAGGUGAGAGUGACUACAGAAACAUACAGUGCUUCACACCUCAAAGGGUUAUUUAAAUAAUCACUGUACUGCUGAUUAUAAUGCAAUCAAUAAUCACAUCAAGUCUGACUAAACCAGUGAGCAGAGAAGUCUAACCUCUGAUCAUUCAAAUUACCAUUCAGGCUACAAAUGUCAUUAUUUAAUGACAUCUCAGCGGGCUUGUAUGUCCGAAUUAUGUUGACCAUAUCGAAUGAUUCAAUGGGACUACAGUAUAUCUGAACACAGUUUAGAGUUUUGGGUUAAUCGAUUGUUGAAGAAAGGUUCCUCAUACAUUUUGUAUAUACUGUAAUGAGAGAGUUAUUCAGCACUUCAUCUAAAAGCAAGCUCAUGUAUGUCAGAGACAGGGAUGACGUUGCAAAACAGUGAUAACUCCAUAUCUAUACCAACAGCAUAGUCGUUCAUUUAGAGCUAAUGAAACAAGUCUUUACCAAACUGGUUCUGUGGUGUUCUUAUACACUGCACUCUCACUGAAGUUAGGGACUGUGCCUUUUUAAAAGAGGAUUCAAUACUGUUCGUAUCAAAUAGCUCUUAGAAACAUUCCUUAAAAGACCUUCUGGACAUGAGGAUAAAUGAAUGCUCCAUCUUAAUCAAGCAUGUCCAAUUUCAACUUUCUUAUAUCAGUAAUGGUGUGGAUAAUGUGCAUUUUUCUUAAUUCAGCAAUGCAUUGUUGGUAUUAUCCUUGCCCUGAAACUAAACCUAACUCCCUAAAGUCACUGCCAGUAACUUAGCUAAUAAUGUGUUUUUUAAAAUAUUCUUCAGCAGAUAAAGUAGCAUAGAUCAAUGUUCAACCAGGGUACAAUGGACUCUCAUUUGACGGUGCCAUCAAGUAUUCGAUUAUCCUACAGUAGAGGAUGUCCAAGAGAUUCAGCUGUGUCUGUUGAGAGACCAGAGCUAACCGUAGAGAGGAGAAUUUGAUGUAGAAUGAUAUGAAACUCAGGAUGAAGAAAGAAAUUAUCUCAUUUCAUGUCCCCUUCUAAUCCUUUUGUUUUAACAUACAUAGUGAAACAAAUGUCCCAAAUGGUGUAUCAUUAAAUAUAAUUCAGUUUAGUAAUAUUCAGUGUUAAAUAAUAAUAUUAAGUGUUAACUAUUAUACUGUUAAAAUUAACGGAUAAUAGUGAAGGAAAAGAUGAUUUUUGUGUUUUUACACAUAGGAAGGAUAACUACAAAUGGAAUAAUGUUUAUGAUACAUGCUUGUCUCUGAUUGGUCAGAUUAUGUUUGAGUCCCAAAUCUCUUCAAAGUCGACUGCCACUCUACAAACAAUGCCCUUACUCUCAUUAGGAAGAACAUUUUGGAGUUAAGUGGGCUAGUUGUGCGUCAUCAAAUAAAAACUGAAACUAUUUCAUAAAAUGCCUCAUUCUGGGAAGCCCACAUGAGCAUAAUGCAUUAACAGUUGAGAUGCCCGCCUAGCUUACCAAAAAAAGACAUUCUGAAGGGCUUCUGAUGCAAUUUGCCAUGUGUUGCGUUGCGUUUGCUGCCAAGUGAUGCAGACACAUCCCACACCUUGUCUGCAUGUCUUCACUUGCGGUUCAACUUUCUAAAGGUUUCCUCCCUGCGUUUCAGCCAGGCAGCUGGUGACAAAGUAGCUCUAAUGGCUGAAGUAGAGGCAGCCGUCUUGUCAUUCAUUUGCUCCACAUGACGACUGCUAAAAAUACAUUUACCACGUUGAAGUCCAGCACCCUACGUCACUCACCACUUCUUUAGAAACGUAAAAGGUACAUGCAUAUGGCCAAGACACUGUAGUUCUCCAAAUAAAUCACAGGGCACAUUUGAUAAAAACAAUAAUGUCCUGUGGAUGUAACAUAAAAUUGUCUUUAGAAAUACUUAAUAGAUGUUUCUCUACAUUUGAGUACAGUACAGUACCUACUUUGAGUCAUACAGUAACUAUCAAUUAGGCACACAUAUACCAAAAAAAUACUUGGGGUGCAUUGACUCUUAAUUCAUACUGUUUCUUCUGUUUGAUGUACAGUAAUUACACAAUAGAUUGCUACAGUAUGCCUACAGUGUAACCAAGGCACAUAACCUGCUCUUGCCUCUAUAUAACUAUACAGUUGUCAAAAACCUUAUUUCACUUUUGCAUGUAAGUUGCCAUCACACAAACUGCCACACCUAUUAAUGCAGAUUCAAAUGUCUUAUAAACAAUAAUUUGUACAUAAUACUAUGUACAGUAUUGUUCAUUCACUAUAUAUGCAAGGCAUAUGUUUUACAUUUUUGCACCCGUCAUUGUCCCAAGAUUUAAUAAAACACGUCAGAGUACCAACUGUGUGAUGCAAAAAUACAAUAUUACAAGGUAUACAUACAGUAUCUGUGUAUCACAUUUGUAUUGUGUAUCAAAAGUGUAGUGUUCUACAACACAGUAGGUGUUAUUGUGUUGAAACUGUGGUUUAGUGCAAGGUUGUCAUGUUGAGUAGAACUACAAGGGCUGACCUUUUACUUAAAAAGCCACAGUUGCCACACAGACUGACAGCAUCAUCAUCUUUUGUUCAGGAGACAGGAAUCAACUCAGUAACCAGUAAUCACCAGAAUGUAAACUGUAACAAGUCGGCCCUUUUGUUACUGUAUUCUAUGUGCACAAAUUCAACGCUGCAAAAUGGGUUUUGGAGUGCCUGGUAGAUUGCACUUGUACAUGACAAAAGUUUGCAUGGACUGUUUUGUUAGGCAAGUAUUUUUGUUAAACAUGAAGGCCAUGAUGCCCAACAAUAAAAGUCCUUUAUGUAGUAAAAUAAAGUGCAGUACAAGCUCUGUGAAAUGGGGGAAAAAAUGGGGGGAAAUAUUAUUGACUAGUCACCAUGAUACAUGACAAUAUGCUAAUGUUUAUUUGUUUGACUCACUGCCAGACAAAUUCAAAUCAAAUGUUAUAAUCAUUAUCUGUUCAAAUGUCCCUUUACUGUGUCUAGUAUAUGCCUGUAUGAGGCUAUAGUUCUAUGUAGUUGACAUUUGUUGUAUUCAUGUGGGUUUAACGGUUGGAGUGUAACACCAACAAUUCUUAUUAAAUGGACAAUUGUACUGGUGACCUGGACUGUACAUUGAGGUUGAAGAUGCCUGAUUAUAAAUGUGUAUGGGAAAGGAUUUACAUCUGUGGUCAGUAGAUCAUUUUGAACACAGAAACAGAUUUUUUAUAAAUGGAAACUUGUCAAAAUGUGCAAGUUGUAAAAAGGUAAACGCCAUUGUAAAGUACACACCUACAGUGCAAACAUAUUUCCAAUAAAUCAAUUUCUC